AUGCAAGCUUCGACCCAAGUCUUGAGCCAUGUUGAUGGUUCUUCAACAGUUCUCAGCAAUGGAACUAAAGUAAUAUGCUCUGUCUCGGGCCCUAUCGAGCCUAAGGCUAGACAAGAACUUCCCACCCAGCUGUCAUUGGAGAUUAUUGUAAAGCCAGCUGAGGGUGUACAGAGUACUCGUGAAAAGCUAGUUGAAGAUCAAGUACGUGCCGUGCUAACUCCUGUUCUUGCUAGAUACUUGCAUCCUCGUCAGUUGGUACAGAUAUGUUUCCAAGUGUUAGAAGCCGGAGAGCGUGUUGAAUACACAGUGAAGGAGGUGAGUGUUUGUGUGAAUGCUGCUAUACUAGCUUUGAUAGAUGCUGGUGUACCUAUGCUCAGUAUGGGAUGCGGUACCAGUCUCGGAAUUUUACGUGAAAACGGGCAAAUAAUAGUAAAUCCUAGCUUUGAGCAACUGGAGCAAUGCGAAUCUGUACAUGUGUGCUGUCUGGAACUGGGUACUGAUGUUGAGAAAAACGUGGAAGUCAGAAAUGUGUUGCUUUUGGACAGUGUAGGGAGCUUUAGUGAGACCCAAUUGUUCCAAGUCCUUGAGGCGGGCGAAAAGGAAUGCAUCAGGUUAUACACGGAAAUGAGGCAAACAGCCAAGGAGAAAGUUGCCAGAGAUUUCAUUUGGAAAGGAUAG